GCAGGGCCCUCCCCCCAACUUAUGAUUUUAUAGCCAAUAGGUGAUGAGGUUUAUUUGCAUAUUUCCAGUCACUUAAGCAGCCGUGGAGUGGAAGCGGUGUCAGACUCGAUUCCUCUUCCUCCGAGGAAACCUGCCGCGUCUAGCUGCCCGGAUCUCCCCUUUACCAGGCGACUUGACCCGCUCCGAACCGCAGCUCCAUCCUACUCCCGCCUCGGGCUCCGGGUCCAUCCGUCUGUCCUCUCCCAGCGUGCCCGGCAGUGCUUACGGAGGAGCAAACUCCGAUGGAGAGCAAAGCGCUGCUUCUGGUGGUUCUGGGCAUCUGGCUCCAGAGUCUGAGCGCCUCCCGCGGCGGGGUGGCAGCCGACAGUAUUAAAGAAGGAAAAGAUUUUGCAGACAUUGAAAGUAAAUUUGCGCUAAGGACCCCUGAAGACACAGCUGAGGACACAUGCCACAUCAUUCCCGGAGUGACAGAAUCUGUGGCUAACUGCCACUUCAACCACAGCAGCAAAACCUUCGUGGUGAUCCAUGGCUGGACGGUGACAGGAAUGUACGAGAGCUGGGUGCCCAAGCUGGUGGCUGCCCUGUACAAGAGGGAGCCGGACUCCAAUGUCAUCGUGGUGGACUGGCUGUGGCGGGCCCAGCAGCACUACCCCGUGUCUGCGGGCUACACCAAGCUGGUGGGGAAGGAUGUGGCCAGGUUUAUCGACUGGAUGGUGGAGGAAUUUAACUACCCUGUGGAUAAUGUCCAUCUCUUGGGAUACAGCCUGGGAGCCCACGCUGCUGGCGUUGCAGGAAGUCUGACCCAUAAGAAGGUCAACAGAAUCACGGGCCUAGAUCCAGCCGGACCUAACUUUGAAUACGCAGAAGCUCCAAGUCGCCUUUCUCCCGACGAUGCGGACUUUGUAGACGUCUUACACACGUUCACCAGAGGGUCACCUGGCCGAAGCAUCGGAAUCCAGAAACCAGUAGGGCAUGUUGACAUUUACCCGAAUGGCGGCACUUUUCAACCAGGCUGUAACAUUGGGGAAGCUAUCCGUGUGAUUGCAGAGAGAGGCCUCGGAGAUGUGGACCAGCUGGUGAAGUGCUCCCAUGAGCGCUCCAUUCAUCUCUUCAUUGACUCGUUGCUGAAUGAGGAAAACCCCAGUAAGGCCUACCGGUGCAAUUCAAAGGAAGCCUUUGAGAAGGGGCUCUGCCUGAGUUGCAGGAAGAACCGUUGCAACAACGUGGGCUAUGAGAUCAAUAAGGUCAGAGCCAAGAGAAGCAGCAAAAUGUACCUGAAGACUCGUUCUCAGAUGCCUUACAAAGUCUUCCAUUACCAAGUAAAGAUACAUUUCUCUGGGACUGAGAGUGACACACAGCUCAACCAGGCCUUCGAAAUCUCUCUGUACGGCACUGUGGCCGAGAGUGAGAACAUCCCCUUCACCCUGCCUGAAAUUUCCACCAAUAAGACGUACUCCUUCCUCAUUUACACGGAGGUGGAUAUCGGAGAACUGCUGAUGUUGAAACUCAAGUGGAAUAGCGAUUCCUACUUCAGCUGGUCCGACUGGUGGAGCAGCCCUGGCUUUGCCAUUGAGAAGAUCAGAGUGAAAGCAGGAGAGACUCAAAAGAAGGUGAUCUUCUGUUCCAGGGAGAAAGUGUCUCGUCUGCAAAAAGGAAAGGCAUCUGUGGUAUUUGUGAAAUGCCACGACAAGUCUCUGAAUAAAAAGUCUGACUGAAUCUGCAGAAGGAACAACAGCACAUGAAUUCUGGGAAGAGUGAAGUAACUUUUACAAGAGAUGCCCAGAACUUUGGGUGGUUAAAAGUGAAAUUUCCUGAGUAUUAAUCCCAGCUAUCCUUGUUAGUUAUCUUAAGAGACAAGUCUCAAAUACUAAAAAGUGGCUAAUUCAAUUUGAGGAGUACAGUGGCCAAAUAGUACACCUUGCAACAUUAAAAUACAAAACCAAACAAAAAAAUCCCAGCAAAUAGAAAAAGCACUGCAUUUGUCCUUUGAGAAAGAAAUAAGAAUUUUUUGGGCUUGUGGUAAAAUAAUAAACUUUAUGUAGUGAUAUUAGCCAUAGCCUACAAUUGGUUAGAACUUCAUAGUUUAGUUGGAAUUCUGCAUUUUUGGGAUCCAUACAUUCUCACAGCCUGAGUGCGACUUAUUUCCUUAUCCGUCAAACACUUGCCUUUUUGUUGGAAUGGCUGCCCUCUUGCCAUUGGUUGCAGCCCAGGAGUUAACCAGAAUGGAGCUGACUGAACCUUUAACACUUCCUGUGGUUGGUUGCAUCAUAACUGUUACAAAUUAAAGGAGAUAUAAAAUUUAGAACAAUUAAGUCUUAAAAGGCUUUACAGCUUAUUGCUUAAUCUCUCCCCUCCUUUACUUGCUUUGUCUCAAAGUUAUAUUUUAACAGUGUUCCUUGGUAUGAGCCUGUCGCACUUAGCUGACGUAAUUUUCACUAUGGGGAAGGAAAAUGAUCCCAUCAUUUUAGCAUCAGAUUUCCAAACUCUAUUCACCGAUGUGAAGUUGUUUAAUAUCCAAUGGUUUCUAUUCGGCUUUAGGCUUAGCUCAGCCUUGCUUCAGCCAUACUUUGAAUAGGACUCUUUCUUCUCUGGCUUUGAGAAGAGAGUGUGUUCCAAGUCAAAUUCUGCAUCACUCAAUGUCUACACAUUUUAGACCAGGACCACUUUUACUAAACAGAGAGAUGGAAAGGUCACUGGGACAUAUUCAUAAGCAGUGCUUAAAACCAUUGUGCGUGAUGAAGCGAAUCCUCAAUGGCCACAGCCACAUGCAAUGUCAUGAGAAUUGUUUUUAACAACUAGCCAGGAGUGAGUGAGUAAUUAUUUAUAAAAUAGAUCUCCUGCAUUCAGGAUGCUUUUCUAUCCAUUAAUAUAAAAUGAAGUCAAAUAUCUCAGAGGCUAUUGCUGGGAAUCAAAACUGUGAACACGUGCGGGCACUUGAACACAUGCAUACUCACAUAAGAAGCACCGUGUACAUUGCUUAUGGAGGGCGGCCCAGAAGGUGAAUGAUCAAAAGGUGUAUUGGGAUUGGUUGGCUUAGAAAUGGCUCCGGAGUUCCAUAACGCCUGCCCUUCGUCUGAGGAAUAUGGUUGUACAGAGUAGGACGAAUGCUGUGCUUGAUAUCCGCCAGUUGGGCGUGAAUUCUCUCUAAAAAUAAAAGCUGUGUGAUUCGUGGUUGGCAUCCCCCUUUAUUGUAAUUCAUUCAUUUUUCUGGAUUUGAGUGCAUAACCUUAAGAACAUCUGAAUCAAAUCAGUGCAUGGCCCUGGGAACUCUGGCUUCUGUGGACUUCACUAUAUAUUAUAUAUUAACAAUGCUCUGGCUUUACGUGUUAUUUAUUAGCUGUAAAUAUAUGUGUGUAUGUGUAAAAGGGUUGUACAUAUGGGGAAGGUUGUCAUGGCUAUCUGCAUUCAUAGGUGUGCGGUGCUACCUUUGUACAUGUCUUUAUCGAUGGCAGUCUCACUGAGCCAACCGACUCUGAUGAAGAAAUAUAAUAAAAUGGGCUUUAAG